AUGGAUGGGUAUCUGAAGGGUAAUAUGCAGGACGAGGAGAAAUCUAUCAGGACGUCGAUUGAGAAUGGCGCCUCCUGUACGCAAGAGGACUCUGGUGGCCCAAUUGGCAUUCGUGAAUAUGCCAUUACUCGAUUCACAUCUCUCAAGCCUCCUAUGAAUAGUGUGGCUAACCCAUUCACUCUUCUUGCGAUGCUCAACGCACAGCAAUGGGCUUUCGUCGCUGUUUCUUUCCUCGCGUGGUCGUGGGACUCGUUUGACUAUUUUACCGUCUCUCUUACGGUCUCCGAUCUGGCAGAGACCUUCAAUACAUCGACUGCCAACAUCACAUGGGGUAUAACCCUGGUUCUGAUGCUCCGUUCAGUUGGAUCAAUCAUAUUCGGUAUUGCCGGCGAUCGAUAUGGAAGAAAAUGGCCUUUUAUUCUCAACCUGUUCUUCUUCAUAGUCCUAGAACUGGGCACAAGCUUCUGUCAAACAUACCACCAAUUCCUCGCCGUCCGCGCUCUAUACGGCAUUGCAAUGGGCGGAAUGUACGGCAUCGCAGCCGUCACUGCCCUCGAAGACUGUCCCAUAGAAGCCCGCGGCCUUGUCGCAGGGCUAAUGCAGCAAGGCUAUGCAUUCGGCUACCUGCUCGCCACAGCAUUCGCUCGCGCACUGGUCAACACCACCAGCCACGGAUGGCGACCAUACUUCUGGUUCGCCUCCUGUCCUCCCAUCCUGAUCAUCGCUUUCCGCCUCAGUCUCCCCGAAACCCAGGCCUUCCGCGACCGGCAGGCCAGCCGGGAGAGCCAGGGGAAUAUAGCCGGCCAAUUCAUCUCGGAAGCAAAGGUUGCGCUCAAGCACCACUGGCUGGUCCUAUUGUAUCUCGUCCUGCUGACCUCGGGCCUCAACUUCGUAUCGCAUGGGUCGCAGGAUCUAUACCCGACCAUGUUGACCAAUGACCUCAAGUUUUCCGCGAACGCAGUCACCGUCACGCAGGUCGUGGCUAAUCUGGGCGCGAUGACCGGCGGCACGUUUGCCGGCUACUGCUCGCAGAUCUUCGGUCGACGGUUCAGCAUGAUCAUAAUGUGUAUGAUUGGCGGGGCACUCAUCUACCCGUACUCGUACACGCGCACCCAUGCUGUGGCUGCCGUGGCGUUCUUUGAGCAGUUUUGUGUCCAGGGGGCGUGGAGUGUUAUCCCGAUCUAUGUCAUGGAGUUGUCGCCGGCUUCGUUCCAGACGUUCGUGGUUGGUUCUGCGUAUCAAUUUGGGAAUCUUGCUUCGUCGGCUUCGUCGACUAUUGAGGCGACUAUUGGUGAGCGCUUCCCUUUGGCGCCGUUGGUGAAGGCCGAUGGGACCACUGUGGCGCGGUAUGAUUAUGGGCAGGUGAUUUGUAUCUUCACUGGGGCUGCGUAUGCCUACAGUCUCGUGCUGCUCUUUCUUGGUCCGGAGAAGAAGGGGAGAAAUACGAAGACGGAUGAGAGGAUUGAUGUUGAGGAAGUUUUAGUUGAGAAAUUCCGAGGUCGCUUGACCUAA